GCACCAUCCCCAACAGGCGACCCAACCGCCCGUCCAGCCGCCGGCGCCUGCUGUUAACCCCACACCGCACGGAAGCUCUGAGGCCUGCUGCUGGGCUGUGGAGCUGGGCUGUGGACCCGGCGGCGCCAAGGCUCGGGGUUAGCACACGGCGUAAUAGCCGCACUGCGACGGCGUCACCUGUCGCCGCGUACUGACAAUGCAGCCUGCGGCAGUGCUGGCGCGGACGCGACAGCAGCAGCAGCAGCAGCAGCAGCAGGCAUCAGAGCUGCGGGGAGAGCAGGGUCUGGACCGGCGACCAUAGAUCAGAGGACCGUCACUGCGGGGCAGUCAGGGGGCGGGCAGUCACCAGGGGCGAAGGCAGCUGCCUCCCCGGGCUGGCGGCAGCACGCCGCAGCACGCCAGCGCUAGGUUCGGGCAGUGCAUCUUGGGGCCAGCUGACGUGCCGGGCGCAGGCGGGCAGCAGCAGCAGCAGCCGCAGCAGCACUGCAAGGGAUUGGGUUGCAGGGUUGCGGGGACAGGGCAUACAGAGCAGCAGCACACCGUCAUCGGCGCAGGACCGGGGCCAGCAGCAGCAGCAGCAGCAGCAGCAGCAGCAGCAGCAGGGGGACACGCACAGCAGCGUACACACGGCAGCAGCACCCCCAAGCAGCAAAGAAGCCCAAGAAGCAGCAGCGCCCCAAGCAGCAGCACCCCCAAGCAGCAGCACACGCGCUGCACCUUGGCAUGGAGGCGGGCGGGCGCCCGGCAGUGGCAGUGGCAGUGCCGUGCCCCAGUGGCGGCGAGGAGCGGCCCCUGCUGCUGCGGCUGGGCGGCACUGGGGAGAUGGCCGCCGCCAGCACCAGCACCAGUGGCGGCGGCAACGACAGCGACAGCAGCCUAGCUACUGCUGCUGCGGCUGCGGCUGCUGCUUCUGCGGCUGCUGCAGGUGCAGCCGCAUGCAGCCGCAUGGGGGCGGCGGCCUCCGCCUCCUCCGCCUCCUCCGCCUCCUCCGCCUCCUCCUCCUCCGCGCCCGAAGGCGUUCCGUUGAAGGCAGCGGCGCCUGACGCGGGCGGUGCAUGUGGUGCGGGUGCCGUUGCCGGCAGUAGCAGCGGAGGUGGCACCAGUCCAGUUGGGCGGAGGGGGGCUGCCGCGCAGGCGACAGCCCACCUGGCGCUGCUACUGCUGCUACUGCUGCUCGGUGCAGCGGCUGCCCGUGCAGCCCUGCUUGUGGCCCACAGCGGCAGCAGCAGUAGCAGCAGUGGCCGAAUGGGGUUGCCAGGCAGCGAUGUACAGGCCCAGGGCGGCGGCCGCGGCGGCGGUUGGCUGGCGGCGGCGGCGGCCUGGCCGUCCUGGGGCACUACUAGGGGCAUGCCGCCGGGUACGGCACCCGCAGGAGGCGGGGAGGGGGCUGCGGCUGCGGCUGCGCGCGGGGCGUGUCAGCCGCACCUGCCUCAGCCGCCCGUGCUGGGUAGACACGGGGGUGAGGACCUGGGCUGUGGCGGCUGUAGCGGCUGUGGCGGAGGCACGCCGGCGGCUGCAGGUUCGGGUAGCUCCAGCGGCGCCGCGAAAUCAGAGGGCUCGGGCGGCGGCGGGCGCGGCAGCGCUGCAGGCCAGGACCGGACGUGGUUGUUGCUGGGGGCGGGUCGCAUCAACGGCGGGUCGGGCUCUGGGGAGCCCCCGGCUCACGAGCGUCACCCGCGGGAGGCGCUGGGCCCGACGGUAGGCAACACCAGGAGCAGCGGCAGCAGCGGCAGCGGCAGCAGCAGCAGCAGCGGCGGCGCCCUCGGCCUGCAGGCUGCCGCCGAGACGCGCCGCCCGAACCCCUUCGCGGCGGUUGCGGCCGACACGUCCUCGGCCGCCCCGACCACUGCCCGCGCCGGCGCCGCAGCCGCCUCUCCCGCCGGUGCCCCGCCCGACCCGCCCUUCGCCUCGCCCGGCCACCUGGCGUACGGCUACGACCCGGGGGGACCCGACGGCGUCGGUCGCGGCGGCGGUGGCGGCUGGCUGUAUCAGCACUACUUCGGCCGCUAUCUCAAUGGCAGUAGCAGCAGUAACAGCCGCGGCAGCGGCAGUGGCAGUAGCAACAGCCGAGCGGGCGGUGGUGGUGACGGCGUCUGGAGGGGCCUCCAGGGCCGACCGCCACAGCUGCAGCAGCAGGAGCAGAAGCAGGAUGAGCGGGAGCACCUGCCUACCCGCGGCCGCCGCCGGCAGCUCCUACAGACCGACAGUGGCAGCAACAAUGACAGCAGUGGCAGUAGCGGCAGUGGCAGUAGCGGCUCCGUGCCGCCCACCAGCUGCGCUGUGAUGCUGCGCUACGGCGCCAGUGUGGGUGACCCGCUGUCCAGUGGGCCGCACCCCAUAUUUGUGGCGUCAUGGGCGGCGGUGGCGGCGGCGGCGCAGCUGCCUCCUGUGCAGUCCUGGGUGCUGGGUUGGUCCUUCGACGCCGGCGAGCGCCUGCUGUCCGCCGCAGACGUGUUCAGCGACACCAGCGCGGCCUCAGCAGCUGGGGGGCCAGGAGCAGGAGGAGGGGGUGCAGGAGCAGGAGGCGUUGGGGGAGGCAGUGGGAAUGGGACUGGGAGUGGCGCGCAGCCGCCGCUGUCGCUGCAGGUGGUGCUGCAGGAGGGCUACACAAACUCCUCGGGCCAGGUGUCGCAACAGGAUGUGGCAGUGCUGGGUGAGCUGGGCAACGGCACUCUGGCUCCGGGCGGGCCGCAGCUGUCCUUCCUCAUGUUCGGACGCAAGGGCCCCACAGCAGCCGCGGCGGCCGCAGCGGGCGUGCAGCUCGCGCCCCCGCUCUCCGACACCCCCACCCCCAGCGCCGCCAAUGCCGGCCUGCCGCCCUUCAACGCCUCCGCCCUGCCCGACUACGCGGGGCCGCCCGCCGCCCCCCUGCGCGUGGGCCCCCCGGGCGGCGUGUUCCUGAACAACCUGCACUGCGUGCCGCUGGCGCAGCUGGUGGCCCUGGCGCAGGAGGCCGCGCAGAGGGCGGCAGCAGCCAACGCCACCAGCAGCAGUAGCGGAGGGGGCAGUGGGGGUGGCUCGCCGCCGCCGCCUCCGGCGCAGCAGCCUGUGGCGGAGCCGCUACUGAGCCAGAUUCCGCGGGUGCUGCAGGUGGACUACAUGCCCAUCACCUACGUGGACAGCGCCGGUGGCGGCACCACCGGGGCGGGUGGAGCAGGCGCAGGCGACGGCAGCUCUCCAGGCGCCGCCGGCUCCUCCCCUCCUCCCCCCGCGCUGGUGGUGGGCAACGCCACAGUGGGACCGCCGCGGCCCACCUUCUUCACGCAGAUGUACCUCAAGGUCAGCAACCCCGGCAGCCGGCGCGCCGUGUCGCUGUCGGAGGUGCAGGUGCAGUACUACUUCAACGGCCCGGACGAAAGCCUGGACCCCAACAGGCAGGGCGCGGCGGCGGCGGGGCUGGCGGACGGCGGCGUCGACAUGAGCGGCGGGCCGGGCGGGGCGCCGCCCUUCAGGCUGGUGUGCUCGGACACGUCGCCCGGACUGGUGGGUCGCUGUGACUCGGUGGUGGGUCGCUUCCGGGUGGGGCUUCCGGGAGUGCGCGGCGCCCAGUACUACGCCACCAUCCAGUUCAGUCCGGGGGCUGGCUGGCUAGCAGCCAACGACACCGCCGGCAACAGCAGCAGCACCGGCAACACCAGCAGUAGCGCCAGCCCCUCCCCGCCUCCGCCUGCUCCCCCCGGCUCCGGCCCACUGCUGGACUACGUGGAGCUGAUUGUGUCCAUUGAGCCGCUGGUGCCCUACAUGCGCAUUGACGAGCGCAAGGACUACAGCUUCAUAGACACGCCUCUGGCCCCCCGCCCAGACGGCACCACCACUGUGGCCGCAACUGUGGUGGCGGGGGAGGGCGGCAGCAGCAGUGGUGGUGACGGCAGUGUGCAGGAGCGGCUGGUGCUACUGCGGCGGCCCGAGCCCAACCCACGUAUCCCCGCCUACCUCAAGGGCUUCAUCGCCUGGGGCUCACCGCCCUCCUCCGCCCUGCCCGCCGACACCACCAGCGGGGGAGCAGCAGCAGGGGCAGACGGCACAGGCGGCACCUCUCCCUCGCCCUCCCCGCCGCCCCCCUCCGGCCCCCCGGGCGGCUUUGUGAACCCCUUCUCCGCUGCCGGCCUGCCGCUGCCGCCCGGCAGCUCCUGCCAGCGCAGCGCGGAUGGCCAGCUGAGCUGCGGUGUCAAUAUGGUGUACUGCUGCGCUGCCCCCGCCACCGGCCCCAUCGCCACCUCCAUACCCAGCGACUGGCAGAGCACCACGUUCAGGGACCUGCAGCAGCAGUGGAGCAGCGCCGCCGUGGCGGCAGCAGCCCAGGCCAACGGCACAAGCGGCCCAGGGCCCCAGGCGCCACAGGGGCAGGGGCCGGCCCCCGCAGCUGCAGCCUCGCCCUCGCCCGGCCCCUCGCCCGCUGCCAGCCCCAGCCCUGGAAACACAACAGUAGGGGGCGGAGGCGCAGGCGGGGCGCCGGCAGCCAUUGCAACCGGCAGUGCGCCCAACACGUCGACGGACACGGCCGCCGCCGCAUCACCCGCCCCAGGCAGCGCACCCAAUGGCAGUGCCGUGGUCGCGCCUCAGGCGUCUGAAGGGGGCGGCAAGGCCGGAGGUGGCGGCGGCACCGCCGCCAUUGCCGGUGGCGUGGCGGGCGCGGCAGUGGCGGCGGCGCUGCUGGCGGCGGCGCUCAUUGCGCUUUGGCGGCGCCGUCACCGACCCGCCGGCGCGCAGGAGCAGCGGCGGCGGCAGAAGCGCGGUCGCGGCCUGGCGGCGGCGUCCAGUGGCGGUGAGGCGUCGGGGCCUGAGGAGAGCGAUGGCGGCGGGGCCACAGGGGCUGGGCGGCACCGGCACCGCCACGCCCAGGAGGGGGCGGCAGCAGGUGGUGGUGGGGCGGGGCGGCCUCGGCGCAUCUCCCAGCGCUUCCAGGGAGUGGACCGGCGCGUGUCCCGCUACGUGUCGCUGCUGCUGGGCGUGAGGCGCUCAGACACAGGCGGCAGUGACGUCAGCACCACCAGCACCAGCAGCGCUGCCAGCCCCAGCGCCAGCGCCAGCGCCAGUGCCACUGCGGCGGAGCAGCAGCGGCGGCGGCGAGCCGGGCUGCCGGGGUCAGCGGGCGGCGCUGUGCGGCCGAGUGGGGAAGUCGCGGGCGCGGCCGCCACAGCGGGUAGCCUGGGCGGCGCCAGGGGCGGUAGUCGCUGGGAGCUGCAGCCGCAGCAGCAAGGCCAAGGCCAGCGCCCGCGGUUCACCGGCAGCAGCAGCGAAGGCAGUGACGGCAGUGAGGCGGGCGGCAGUGAGGCGGGCGGCGGCGGCGGUCUGACGGGCGGUGCGGCGCUGGCGGCGGAGCUGCAGGCGCUGCAGCAGCAGUACCCGUACAGCACUGAGAUACACGUCACAGCCUCGGAGGCCAGCGAGCUGCGAGAGGUGCUGGACGCAAGCUGGUGGCAGCGCGGCGGCAACGUGCGCGGCGUGUGGGGCUGGGGCGCGGCAGAGGCCAAGAUGGCGGCAGCGGGGCUGCUGCCGCUCAUGGCGCACCCGCACGCGGCGGCGGCGGCAGCGGCGGCCGGGCCGGCUGCGGCGGCGGCUCUUGCGGCGCUGCGCAAGUACCCCACCCUGCCCUCUGAGGCGCUCAUGGCGGGCAUUGCGGCGCUGUCGCGGCCCGGCAGCGGUGAGCUCAGGGCGGCGGCGGCGGCGGUGGCCAUCACGGCGGCAGCCACGCGGGCUGGCGGCGGCGGCGGCGGCGUGCGGACGGAGGGUGUCUGGGACGGCGGCGGGGAGGGCGAGGCGGGCGGUGGUGGGCCCGGCAGUGAGGCGGGUGUGGGCGCGCCCAGCAGCAGUCGUCUGGCGGGGUCGGUGGGGUCCUCGCUGCUGCCUGCGGGGCUGCUGCUGCCGCUGACGGCCGUGGACGAUGACGGCGUGAGGCUGCGGAUACUGUGCCGCAAGGCCAAGACCUGGACGGGCCGUGUGGCGGACACGUGGGAGCUGCUGCCCGAGUUCUUCCCGCACCACCCGCCCAAGGGGGGGCCAGCAGGGGCGGGGGCAGCUCCGUUGCCGCCCGGGCAGCUGCAGCCCGCUCAGCUGCUGCCGCCGCCGCCGCCCGGCCAGGAGCCGGGCAGUCCUGGAGGCGAGGCUCGGGUCGGUGGCGGUCUACUGCCGCGCCUGCCGCCGCUCAUCUCCAAGCUCCUGCCGCGCCGCCGCACCCUGGCGGCCCCACUGGCGGCCCCACUGGCGGCCCCACUGGCGGCCGUCCCCAGUGCCCGCGGCCUGGAGUCGCAGUCGCCCCUGGCAGACGGGGCGGGGGCCUUCGAGCCUGGGGAUCGGGGGGAGGCCGCCGCACCCGCAGCCUACCACCUGCACCACCACCGCUCCCGGCCGCGGGACGCACCCGCGCCGCAGCUCCAGCCGCUGCCGCUGCCUGCGCCGCCCCGACUGGGCCUGGCUGGCGGGCCCGCCCAGUCGUCCCGCCGCCUCAGCCCGCCCUUCCCCGCGGCACUGGGCGGUGGCGCCGCCGGAUCGCUACUGCGCGGCCCGGCCGCUGCAGCCGCGGCCGACGCGGCGGCCCUGGGCGGCAUGGGCCCGGGUGGGGGCGCGGGGCCGGGUGCCGUGCUUCCCUCUGUGGUGCUCCCCUCCCUGUCUCUGGCGGCGGUGGUGGCGCCGCCCAUACAGCUGGAUGUGGACUAUGCGGCGGAGGUGGAGCCCUUCCUGGGGCGGCUGAUUGGGGUGGGCGGGUUCGGCCGGGUGUACGAGGGCACGUUCCGCGGUCGGCGUGUGGCGGUCAAGACGGUGGUCAUCGACAGCGAGGCACAGCGGGUGGCGCUGGCGAGGGAGGCGCAGCUGUGCGCCAGGUUCAGGAACUGUGAGCGGGUGGUUCAGCUGCUGGCGGCAUCAUUGGGACUGCCCCAGGGCGCCGGCGCCUCGGGCACCUCCUCGGGCGGAAACACACCCGGCCUGUCACACCCAGGGGCCGCAGACGGCGGGACCGGCGGUGGGCCGCCAGGCGCCGCUGCCUCCCGCUGGAGCCGCGGCGGCGGUGGCCCUGGCGGCGGCAGCAGUGUCCGCAGCAGUGCCGGCGGCGCGGGUGGCUUGUUUGGGUAUGGGGGCUCAGUGGACACGAGUGGCGGAGGCGGGGGCCACACGCCCACAGGCAGUACAGUUGCCGGGGGUGGCGGCGGGCAGGCCACAUACGCAGGGGGCGGCGCCGCCAGUUUGUUCAGUGAGGGGACCUUUGCGGCCUCGGGCUCCCUGGGGGGCGGCGGCCGGGGGCAGCCCGCACACAGGCCCCCAGCCACACGGCUGCCGCCCGGCGCGGCGGCAGGUGGCGGAGGCGGCAGUGGUCAGCAGCAGGGGGAUGGCUCGGGGGGCGGUGUCCGGGAGGGGCAGCCGCAGACCCGGCCGCAGACCCGGCCGCAGCACCCGGCGGCGGCGGCGGCGCACAGCCCUCCGCCCCAGUGCCACGCCGCGCUGAUCAUGGAGCUGUGCGAGGGCGGCAACCUGGGCGGCCGCAUCCACCACCCCGGCAUGAGGCGGCUGGACUACAUGGAGUUGCUGCAGCUGUCCCGGGACGUGGCCGAGGGACUGGCCUACAUACACAGAUACGGCGUGCUGCACAGGGACCUGAAGCCGGGCAAUGUGCUGCUGGACUCGACCGGCCGGGCCAAGAUCGCCGACUUUGGCAUCUCGCGCAUGCGGGACCCGUUCCGCUCCUUCAUCAGCGUCACGCAGCAGGGCGGCACGCCCAACUACAUGGCCCCCGAGCUGUUUAACGGCACACGGGUAGAUGAGAAGUCCGACCUGUACAGCCUGGGCUGCAUCAUGUAUGAGGCCGCCACGCGCAAGGUGCCCUUUGAGCACUUGGUGCGUGGAGGCGGAGGCGGGGCCCGAGGAGGGGGAGGAGGAGGUGGAGGCGCGGCCCGAGGCGGUGGCAGGGAGCCGGGCGGCGGCAGGGGCGGCGACGAGGGCGGCGGUGGCGGGGGCCCAGGUGGAGGUGGAGGUGGCGGUGGCGGCGCACUGCCCAUGGGCGGCCUGUUCGCCAUCAUACUGGCUGUGGCCAUACAGGGCCAGCGCCCCCCACUGCCCGACAGCCUGCCCCGCGGCCUGUCCGACCUCAUCCGGGCCUGCUGGGCGGAGGACCCGCGCACCCGCCCCACCGCCGCACAGGUGGUGGCCCGGCUGGACGCGCUGAUGGAGGAGGAGCGGGCCGCCCGCGCCGCCCGAGCCGCAGCCCGCCGCGCCCGACCCAGCCGCGGCACCCCUGCCAGCAGCGGCCACAGCCCCUCGGGCCUCAGUGCGGACGGCAGCAGCAGCGCCAUCGCCCUGCUGGCACCUCUGGGGGCAGCGGGCGCUGUCCGGGGCUCGGGUGCUGCGGGCAGUGCGGCGGGCAGCUCAUCCGCCAACGCCUCACCACUGCCCUCCAUAGCGCCCGCACCCGCGCCCAGCCCCUACGCCCUGCCGCCCCGCCGGCCUGAGCCCUCACCGCUGGCGCCGCCUGCGGCUGCUGCGGCGGCUGGCCCUGACGCGACCCGCCCGCCGCAACCGCAGCAGCACUUGCACCACCAUCACCACCACAGGCGGCAGGCCGCUGCCGCAGCCGGCAUGGACCACGCCUUCUCCGCGCCGCCCGCCCACCCUGCUGCCACACCGCCGCACCAGCCGCACCUGCCAGCAGGGGCACACCGCCUCACGCCGCCGCACCCAGCCGCCUCCGCGCCGCCGCACGUGCUGCUGCCGGGCGAGGAGGCGGGCGGACUGGGCGGACUGGGUGGUGGGCCGGCGGCACUGGAUAUGGCAGUGCUGCUUGGCGGCGGCGGCCAGGCUGGCGGCGGCGGCGUUGGCGGUAUGCAGGCACGGUACGAACCAGGUGUGGGAGUGGCUGUUGGAGGUGGCGGUAGUGAGCUGUCGCAGCUGCACUCCACCGGGGCCGCCUCGGGCUCCCGGGCUAGCUCCAAGUCGGGCUCCACCGCCGCCAGCCCCAUACCUAGCAGCGGCGUGGCGGCGGCGCAGCUCAGCGGCCCCACCGCCCCCACACCCCAGGCCGGCGCGGAGGUCCGCAGCCACGGCCACGCCCGGCAUGGCUCACGCCGCAGCGGCAGUGGCUCCGGCCUGACCGCCUCCGCCUCGGCCGGGCUCCUGGCCCAGUUACAGCAACAGCAGCAACAGCAACAGCAGCUGUCCUCGUCUUCCUCCUCUGGGGCGGCCGCGGCGGCGGCGGCGGCAAGGUCGCCUUACGGCAUUACGGCGGCCCGCAGCGGCAGCGGCGAUAGCAGUGGCGGCGGCAGCAGUGGCAUGUCGCCGCUGCUGGUGGUGGGGUUGGGCACACCGGCUGCAGGGCCGCAGCCGUCACCUUCGCCAGCCUGGGCCACCGGGCAGCCGCAGCAACCGCUGGUGUCGGGGGGCCUGGUGGCGGGCGGCGGGGUGACGGCAGGUGGCGGCACGUCGGAGCCGGGCUCGUACAAGGGCCGCAGCAGCGGCAGCAGCCACAGCGCCGCUCCCUCCACGACCCAGUCCCAGCGGGCUGCCCCCCGCACCCCCUCAGUGCCGGACCCAGACUACCUGCUCAUGCCGGGACGAGGCGCUAGCGGGGGCGGCGGCAGCAGCAGUAGCGGGCUGGACGGCAGCGCGGGGGCGGGGGGGCACCCACAGCUGCCGCUGCUACAGCCGCUGCAGCACCUGUACGACGGCGCCGGCCAGGUGCUACAGCCUCAGCUACAGCUGCAGCCGCCCGUGCCGCUGCCGUACGUGGCCGAGCAGCGGCCGGCGCACGCGGACAGAUCCUACCCGCCGCCACCACCGCCACCGCCAUCCGCGCACUGGGGCCUGCCGCCGCACGCCCAGCACUCACCCAGCGCCUCCUCGCCCUCCACCUCGCCCACCACUCCGGACACGGCGCCGGACCGGCCGCCCGCACUGGAGUCCGCCGCUGCCGGUGGGCCGGGCCUGCCGCCGCCUGCCGCCGCCUUCCCGCAGCUGCCGGCCUUUGCCCAGCGGCAGCGGCGCAAGGACUCGUGGGUGCGGCCCGGCGGUGUGCUGGCGCCCCUGCUGCCGUCCGUGGCGGAGGACCGAUCUGUGGCCCCCGGGGAGCUGUCGCCGCAACCCCGCCACCCCCACCACCCCCACCUGAUGGCCAGGCGGGGCGAUACCGGCGGCGGCGCCAGCAGCGGCAGUGGCGAGGGUAGCAGCAGCGGCAGCGAGGCCGGCAGCAGCAGCUCUGGCAGUGGCAGCAACGGUGAAGGCGGAAACGGCGGCACCGGCCAGGCGGCACGGCCGGUGCUGCUGCCGCCUCCCGCGAGCGAUGCAGGCGCCGCCGCGUCCCCAGGUGUGGCGGCCGCGUAUGCGCCACUGCCGCUGCAAGAGGCACUUUCUGGAGGGGGGGCGCCGGCUCAUGAGGGGUCUGCAGAGGAGGGCGGUGUUGGCACGCGGCGCCGCUUCGGUGCCACACCCAGCGACGCUACGUCUGCAGCUGCCGCGCCGGUGGGUGGUGGCAGUGACCGCUUUGACCGGUUUUUCUCCGCGCGCAGCCGCUACUCGGCGGGCGAGGCGGAGGAGUGGCCACACGCCGUGGCGGCGGGUGCAGGCGCGGUGCCCUCUGGAUGCGUGUCGGGCCGUGAGAGCCCUGCCUCGGAGGCAGGCGGUCACGGCAGUCGGGCCAGCAUCAGCAGCAGUGGCAGCUAUGAGCUAGGCGGCAGCAAUGGGGUUGAGGCGGCACCGCGGCGGCAUCCCCAGGGCCGGGGGCAGCUGGCGGGCAUCCAGGAGUCGCCGCGCGCACCCCCCGACCUGCAAGGCCUAGACCAGGACCCACAGCACCCACACCCACCUGGGGCGCUGCCCUCCGCCUUCGCGGCCGCCGCCCAUCACACGCACCUGCGCCCCCUGCGGCAACUGCGCCCCCAUACCCAUCCUCACCCCCACCCUGCCGACCGGGCUGCCGCUCACCGCCUCCACCCGCCCCCGCCCCCGCCCCCGCCCCCGGAGCAGCCCCUCCAGGCGGGUCCGCCUGCGCGCGAGCCAGCCGCCUGGCCCCAGGGCCCACAGCCGCAGAUGCGGCCGCCGCAGCAGCUACGGCAGGUGGCCUACUCGGCCCAGCCGCCGCCGCAGCCUCCGGUGGGAGCGGGCGGUGCGGCCGGGGCGCCGCGGCGCCGCACCACCGACACGAAGACGGAAGGGGGCGGCGGAAUGGGCGGCAACAGCGGCGGCAGUGGCGGCAGCGGGGACAGCGGCCAAACCCACAUAACCGGUCGCACCACCUCCCACACGGCCUCGCUAGUCCCGCGCAGCAGUACCACGUCUGCCAGUGCCUUCACGCCGCGGACCGAGUUCAGCAGUGGCAACGGAGAGUCCCAGCCGCAGCAGCUGCCGCAGCAGCAGCCGCAGCAGCGGCUGUCCUACCACGACCCCCUGUUGCUGCAGCCCGGCUCUACAGCGGUGUCUUUUGCGGACGCCGCCCCGCCUGGCACUGCAAGCCCGCACCCUUAUUUGCCGUACUCUGCCGGUUCCGGGCCGCCGCAGCCGUUCUUACAAGUGGCCGGGCGGGCUUCGCCACUUUGCGGCGGCGGCGCCGCCGCCGCCCGAGGCGUGGAGCUCACCGCCCGACCGCAGCAGCAGCAGCAGCUGCAGCCGCAGCAGCCGCAGCCCAAUGGGCAGUGGGGUGCUUCAGAGUCGGCCCAGCCCCAGGGCAUCAGUGGCGCCAGGGCCGGCAGUGCGCACCACCUGGGAGCCCACCCGCCGCCCCCACCGGGCGCCAUGCCUAGUCCUCAAGGGGAAGAUGAGGCAGAGGCCGCAGCAGCGGCAGCGGCGGCUCAGGAGGAGGAGCCUGAGGGCGGUGGUGACGGCGGUGGUGUAGGCGGCGGCAAGUGGUGGCCCUGGUGGCUGUGGCGGUCACCGCCCCAGCAGCAUUCGUCGCACGCGCAACAGCCACAGCAGUCUCAUCCACAGAGGUUCCCCCAGUCGCCGCAGCAGUUGCCGCAGCCACAGCCGGCGGCAAACCAGCCCCGCCCUAGCGCAAGCGCUACAGCUGACCCACCAGGCCAGCAGGUGGGCCGCAAUCACCACCGCCAGAACGCCGAUGCCCCCCAAGCUGCGCAGCGCGCUGUCCCAGCGCCGCCGCCGCCACUGCACCUGGCCGCCGCUGACCACAGCCUGGGCGGCGCCGUGUCCUCAUCCUCGCCGCGCUACGGGGCACCGCCGUCGCUGUCCUCCCAGUCCCACUGCCACUGGGCCGACCCCAGCACCCUGGACGGCGGCACGGGCGGCAUGGGCGGCAGUGCCGGUCCGCGCACGGCUGCGUCUUCGGCCCUGCUGAGCCGCACCGUCACGGCCUGCAGCGGUCAGCACUCGUACGCGCCACCCAGCACCGCCACCGGCAGUGGCACUGCCUGUACCGACACGGCCGCAGCCGCGACAGCAGGCGCCUCCCCAUGUCCCGUGACCAGCAGUUCAUACGGCGCUGCUGCCACUGCUCCGGGCGAGCACGUGCCCCACCAGCUGCAGUACCAGCCGAGGUACACAUGCCUUGGUCGCGGAUCUGAGAGGUCGGACGAUGGCAGUGCGGGCGGCAGUGCUGUACAGCGGCAGCCUCAGCCGCAGUGGGGUGCAGAGGCGGUGCCAGCGGCUGCACCUGCCGCUGGUGCUGGUGCGGGGGGCGCAUUCCGAGCCACCGGCCCAGGUGUGGCAGUGAACCGCCCGGGCAUGGGUGCGGCGCCGCCUCAGCCGCAGCCGCAGCAGCCUUCUGCUGGCCUGCCUUCACCGGCAGCGGCUGCACUGGCGGCCGUGUGGGCACCUGCUGCUGCACUGGCGGCGGGCGGGGCCGAGCCCUAUGGCGGCUCGACCCCUGGGCCCGCACAGCAGUAGCGGCGCGCAGACAACUGGUCUGCUUUUUGAUGGGGUAUGUAUGCAUGUGGCGGCGUUGCACGGGUUGUUGCUAGCGAGCAAUAGGAAGGAGGGAGGGGAGCCCGCAGGACUGUGUGGCGAUGCAGGCGAUGCGCUUGAGAGACACAAGGAGAGGGGGUCGAUACCGUGCGUGCACAUUCGGUCGUGGUGUGUGGUUGUUGAGUGAGGCUGUCGUGUAUGGGCGGCGCGCUGCCUCAACAACACAGGAGUGCAGGUAGUCAGGGCUGCCACCCAGCCUGUCACCCACUGCACUGCAACAACUUCAAGUGGCUGAUUCGCCGCAUGGCACUGCAGAUUUGGCCCAUCCUGGAACGGUCGGAGGGGGGGCGGCAGCCGGCCACCUAGGCUAUCCUGGGGCAAGGUUGCUGUCCGCUGCGGCGUCAGGCUAAGAUUGUGGCUGCUACCGUAUUGGGGCACCAUCAGACCUGUUGCUUUGUGCGGUAGCCGGGGGUAUGAACUCGAGUGAUUCAUGCUUUAGUCUCAUGAAGGGGCCUUCCACGUGUGUGUGUAUGUAGCAGGGGGUGUUGUGCAUCGGCUGCAAUGGGUCGUGAACCCCUCUUUGAACCCCAUGGCACAUGUGACAAGAAAGUGGUUCUUCCCUGUCAGACAAAUUGGGCUGCGCCCAAGCCACGUUGGUGCAAGUCCGAGGGUCUGAGGCCGCAACCACUCUACCUCCCGGCCGGCCAUUGCUGGGGGCUGUUUGUACACGCACCGCCCGCCAUGUGUCCAGCCAGGUCCCGCUGCGGGCAACAUACCAAACAGCACUUAACAAUACUAAUACGUAGCAGUCGCGGUUUGUGCCAGUAUGAUACUUUUUGCCGACGCACGGACAGGGACAGUGUUCCUGGGGCCGUGGGGGGCUUCGCCCUCCCCCCCUGGAACGCUGCGCUGGGGGGGGCUCAGCACUUAAAAAUAC